AAUAAAUAAUAAUAAAAAUGAAGUUAUUGCAUAUCCUUAUUCUAUUCAUUAUCCUCAACGCCACAAUCGCUGCAGUGUCCCAAAGAACUCAACCAAGUGAAGCCCAGCUGACUCUCAAUUCCCUGAAGUCAGACACCAACAAGCCCUUCUACAUGGAUAGCUUUGGAAACUAUCAGACACCGUCAGACAUGUUCCAGUUAUUUGAAUCUUUAUAUGAGGGUGCUCUUGGACUCAUCAUUCCCAUGGCAGCUCUCGCAUUCAUCCUGGAAUUAGUAUUGGAGUUUAUUAUCAGAGACAUGAACCAGGACACUCAGUUCUUGUACAGCUGUUUAGGUGACUUCUCUCAGUGCCAGAUUGUUAAGGUUGUGAAGGAGUUGUUCAAUGGAAAAUUGGAGUAGACUAAUCUGACCUAAUCUCCAGUCUAAGAAAUUUACUCACAUCAAAUUUUACAAA